GGUACAAUCAAAAUGGGUUUCGACUCACCAAGAGGACGCGGAGGCGGAGGCUUCCGCGGUGGUCGUGGUGGUGGCAGUGGCUUCACCCCACGUGGUGGCGGUGGUGGAUUCCGAGGUGGAGAUAGAGGACGUUCUCCAGGCGGAUUCCGUGGAGGCGAUAGAGGACGUUCAUCAAGCGGAUUCCGAGGAGGAGAUAGAGGUCGCUCACCAGGAGGAUUCCGUGGUGAUCGUGAAGGUGGAUUCUCCCCAAGAGGACGUGGUGGAGGCUUCCGAGGUGGUGACCGUGGUGGAUUCCGAGGUGGAGAUCGUGGAGGAUCUCCAUGGCGUGGAGGAGACCGCGGCAACUUCCGUGGAGGUGAUCGUGGUGGCUCUCCAUGGCGAGGAGGAGAUCGUGGUGUAGCUAAUCGCGGUCGAGGAGAUUUCUCUGGAGGGUCCCGUGGUGGCAAUAAGUUCUCCCCUAGAGGAGGCGGUCGUGGUGGCUUCACACCUCGUGGACGCGGUGGAAACGAUUUCUCACCGCGCGGAGGAAGAGGAAACUUCCAAUCUCGUGGGGGAGGCAGCCGAGUUGGUUUUAGCGAUAAGAGAAAACAGUAUGAUAGUGAUGGAGAUGACGACGAGGAAGAGGAAGUCCCGAAGAAAAAGCUUGCCACCGGAACUCCGUUUGCAAAACAAACAAAACCAGUAGAAGACGAUUCUGGUGAAGACGAAGAAGAUGAGGAGGAGAGUGAUGAGGAGCCACAACCACCAAAGAAAACUGCUAAGAGUGCCAUUGCUACGGCUGCUGAAGAUUCUGACGAUGACGAAGAGGACGAUGAUGAGGAGGAGGAAGAAUCUGAUGAUGACGCUCCGCAGGUCAAAAAGUCUGUUGCUGUUGAGGAAGAUGAAGAAGAUGAGGAAGACGAGGAAGAAAUUGAAAUGGACGAAGAAGAUGAGGAGGAAGAAGAGGACGAGGAGGAGACCGAGCCUGUCGCUAAAACUCCAGCUGUAAAAAGCUCUCUCAAAUCUGUCGACUCCACAAAAGGAAAGCAAGUCAAUUUAUCUAAGGUUGCAACCCCAACUACUGUUGACAAGAAAGCACCAGCAACCCCGCAUCCUGCCAAAACAUCAAAAAAUGCUGCCGGUGAUGUUCCAAAACUGAACUUUGAUGAUGACAGCGACGAGGAAGAUGAGGAGGAUGAAGAAGUAGAGGAGGAAGACGAAGAGGAGGAGGAAGAGGAAGAAGAUGUUCCAGCUAAGAAAGCUCCAGUCCUCAAGCAGUCUUUAAGUCAAAUAGCUCAAGCGAUUGAGGAGGACAGUGACGAUGAGGAUGAAGAUGAAGAAGAAGAGGAGGACGAGGAAGAUGAAGAAGAGGAGGAGGAUACCACAAAUGUCCCACUUAUCAAGUCGAAAGCUGAUCUUCUCAAACAGAUUGCUGCAAAUCGUGCUGCUGCUUCUGCUGCUCAAGAUAGUGAUGAAGACGAAGACGAGGAGGAUGAAGAAGACGUAGAGGAAGAAGAUGAAGAGGAGGAAGAGGAAGAAGAUAUCCCAGCUGUGAAGCCAAAAGUCACCGAAAAACAAGGAGGUGUGAAGAGAAAGCUUGAUGAGCCUACCGUCGCUUCUAAACAAGUCAAGAGCGAUGGUAAAUCAAUUAUCAGUGAAGAGGAGAGAAGACGUCAAGAUAGAGAUUCGCGUUCUUUGUUCAUCAAAGAAAUUGCUAAGAAAGCAAAAGAUGCUGAAAUCACUGGUCUUGUAACUGGACUCGAUUCUUUCCGUCGCAAAAAGAACUCGAACUUUGGAUGGCUUGUAUUCAACACUGUCGCAGAUUGCAAGAAAGCUCACGAUGUUCUUAGCAAAUCUAAGAUUCAAGGAAAAGCUCUUUAUGUAGACUUCUGUCUCAGUGAAAGCAAAGCUCCAAAAGAACAUGGAGUUCGUCCGAUUAAUCCUCUCCAGCUCUUCAUCAACGCUCUCCCAGGAACCUGCAAUAACACAGACUUGAAGAACAUCUUCCGUUCAUCCACAGACAUUAAGAUCCUUCACGCAAGUGGUCAGCCAAACUCGAAAAAGAGAGCUUUCAUCACUUUUGGAACCGUAGAAGACGCUCAAGCUGCAUUCGCAAAAUCAAAUGGAUUGAAGGUUAACAAUCAUCUAGUCGAUGUGUUCUAUGCGAGACAUCAAGAGACGAAGGUUGACGUGAAACCAAAGAAGGCAGCUACUCCAGCGGUUCAAAAAAAAAUUGUUCCGAAAGUUGCUGCUGAUUCGUCAGGUGAUGACAGCGAAGAGGUGGCGUCAAGUGAUGAAGGAAUUCAGGAAGUUGAAGAAGAACAACCAAAACAAAAGAAGCUCGUGAAAAAGGUUGAACCGAAGACUAUUCCACGUGUGCAGCAGAAAAAGCCGCAAUUCAAGAAGACCGGUUUCAAGGGAAAGAAAUAAAUUUACCAUUGUUUACCAUACCACUAAUCUCUUCUAGAUUUAUUCCAUCUUGUUGAUCCAUCUGUUCGCUCCUUGUUAAAUCCCAUUUUUUUUAAAUAUUUUUCAUUGUUGUUGGUUUUAUUGUUUCUCUUGCACAAAUUAUCAAUCCCAAUUGUUGUCCCAAAACGUUUUUCAUUGUUUUCCCCUGCCUCUUCACAAAUCCCUUUCAUUUAGGUUAUUUGAGUAAGUGUGCUCGGUGUAUUUGAUGUGCUCGACACUAUCAAAAAUAAAGUCAUUGAAAAUAU